GGAGCGAGGAGGGAGGGUGUGAGAAAAUAACGUAGACAUCUUUACGCCGAUAGUCUUCUGUGUGGUGCCCCCGGCGGACCUACGCUCUCCGGCCCCCUGUGAAAAAAAGAUUCGGGGACACGUUUUGGCGUUGUCCAAACUGCUAUGCCCGCGCCUUCCGGACGCGACGAAGAACAGUCAGAAGAUCAGGAGAUGGCCACCGAAGAAGCAGAAGACGAUUCUUUAGCCGGGUCGGAGGUGGCGGAGGAGGAGGAGGAAGAAGCGGGCAGCGGCAGGGGAGGCGCAGGCGAUGGGGGAAGCCAAGAAUCAGAUGAGGGGGCAUCGACGCGUGCUCCCCCGACCCCCAGCAUCGGCGGGGGAGGCACAGAGGAUGAGCCCCCUGGGGAGGAAGAAGAGGAGGAAGAAGAGCCCCCUGAGACACCGCCCAAGCCCAAGAAGACCAAGGCGAAGAAGCGCAAGGGCAAAGGUGGUGACGGUGAGCGCAAGAAGGGCAAGAAAAAGAAAAAGAAACGCGCCGCCUCGGAGGACGACGACGACAGCGACAGCCAGCUGCUUGGUGGCCACUCGGACAAUGACAGUGACUAUGUGGUGGACCGCAAGAGUGCCAAGAAGCCCCGGCUGGACAAGGCUGCUGCCGCUGCCGAGUCUGCGGCGUCCUCCGCUGCCGCAGCGGCUGCUGCUGCCGCUGCUGCUGCCCAGGCGGCCGCUGCAGGAGAGCCAGAGCAGCAGAAGAGCUCAACGGAAGUGUGCCAGGAGCUGGGCCUGACAGACGUGCCUAUGGAGUACACAGAUGCGGACUACCAAAACCUGACGAGCUACAAGCUCUUCUCACAGCAUGUGCGGCCUCUGAUAACCAAGGCGAACCCCAAGAUUGCAAUGGCCAAGAUAGUGCUGCUCAUCUCGGCCAAGUGGCACGAGUUCCUGAGGGACAACCCCAACGCGGAUGACGCCCUCGACGAAGAUGACAGGCCAGUGCGUCAGUCUAGGGCGGCUGCAUCCACACCUACUGGUUCCACCAAGGACAAUGAUGGGGAGCGAUCAAGCCGAAGCAAAACAAAAAAGAAGAAGUCGGUGCCUUUGCUGAAAAUUAAAUUGGGUGGCAUCGGCAAGCGUAAAAAGCAGAGCUCUGAAGACGAGAACAGUGUGAGCGAUCAGAGCGAUGCGGAUUUUGAGGCUGCGCUGGAAGAAGCGCAGAAUAUGACUCCUCCCCCGGCUAAGAGUGACAAGGGCUCCUCCAAGAAGGGCAAAGCCAAGAAGGCCAAGAAGAAGAAGAAGACCAAGACGACUGCAAGCUUCCCCAACUCGGAUGCGGAGAAUGAUGGCUACGAGACGGAUCACCAAGACUACUGUGAGGUGUGCCAGCAAGGGGGUGAAAUCAUAUUGUGCGACACGUGUCCACGUGCCUACCACUUGGUCUGCUUGGAGCCCGAACUCGAAGAACCGCCCGAGGGCAAAUGGAGCUGCCCGCAUUGUGAGGGCGAAGGUAUUCAGGAGCAGGAAGAAGACGAGCACAUGGAGUUCUGCCGGGUGUGUAAAGACGGUGGCGAAUUGUUGUGUUGUGACAGUUGUCCUGCGGCCUUCCACACCUUUUGUCUGAACCCCCCUCUGAAAAACGUCCCCACCGGAAAGUGGAACUGUCCGCGCUGCUCGGUGGAGCCGCUCAAGGGAAAGGUUCAGAGAAUCCUGUUCUGGCGCUGGGCCGAGGUGAAAGGAGACGCAAGCGGCGACGCCAAGAAGGAGGAAGGCGGCAAGGCCGAGGACAGCUCGAGCAGCAGCAAUGGCCAGGUGGCCGCAGUGCCGUCAACGUCGACGGCGCCCCCACCGCAGCCGUCUACAAGCAAAAAGCCACAGCCAAAGCCACUGAGAGAGUUCUUUGUCAAGUGGCACGACAUGUCCUACUGGCACUGCUCCUGGAUCUCUGAAAACCAGUUGGAUGUCUAUCACCCGGGGUUGUAUCGCAACUACUGUCGCAAGAAUGACAUGGACGACCCCCCGCUACCAGACGAUGGCUCCAACGGGACCAGUGACAACAAGAGCAGCCGGGGGGAGAAGCAUGCACGAGACAAAAACUACCAGAACCUGGAGGAGAAGUACUACCGGUACGGCAUCCGGCCCGAUUGGCUGCAGGUACACCGUGUCAUCAACCACCGGACGCUGCGCGACGGCUCGAACCUGUACCUAGUCAAGUGGCGCGAGCUACCCUAUGACCAGUCCUCGUGGGAGGCCGAUGAACCCGGAGAGUUCGAGAUCCCCGAUCUCCAGAAGGCCAUUCAGGACUACUGGGACCUGAGGGCCUCGGUCGAGAACGCCGACCAAGCUCCUGCCGCAAGCAAAAAGUCCUCCGGUGGGAAGAGCAAGUCCAAGAGCAAGAAAUCUAGGGAUCUCCGGGACGACGACUCCCGGGGCGGCCGGGGCACCCCAACCAGCCAGGACCGCACCCCUGUUGACCCAAAGCGAAAGUACGAGGUGCAGCCCCCAUUUGUCCUCGAAAACGACAACGAGCUGCACCCGUAUCAGCUGGAAGGGGUGAACUGGCUCCGAUUCUCUUGGGCCAACCACACGGACACAAUCCUCGCCGACGAGAUGGGUCUGGGCAAGACCAUCCAGACAAUAGUUUUCCUCUACUCACUCUUCAAGGAGGGCCACUGCCGUGGUCCCUUCCUCGUGAGCGCCCCGCUGUCGACCAUCAUCAACUGGGAGCGAGAGUUUGAGGUGUGGGCACCGGAUUUCUACGUGGUGACCUAUAUUGGGGACAAAGACAGUCGAGCUGUCAUUCGAGAGCACGAGUUUUCUUUCGACGAGAAGGCGGUUCGCAACCCCAACAAGGCCUGCCGCAUGAAGAAAGAUUCAGCAGUGAAGUUCCACGUUCUUCUGACGUCUUACGAAUUGGUGUGCAUUGAUGCCACCAUUCUCGGCUCAGUGGACUGGCAAGUGCUGGUCGUGGAUGAAGCUCAUCGACUGAAAAAUAACCAGUCUAAGUUCUUCAAAGUGCUGAACAACUACAAGAUCAACUACAAGCUUCUUUUAACUGGUACACCACUCCAAAACAAUUUGGAGGAACUCUUCCAUCUCCUCAACUUCCUGAGUCCGCAAAAUUUCAACGACCUGCAGGGAUUCCUGAAUGAGUUUGCUGACCUGGCCAAAGAGGAGCAGGUGAAGAAGCUUCACGAUCUGCUGGGAUGCCACCUGUUGCGGAGGCUCAAAGCAGAUGUGCUCAAGGGAAUGCCCUCGAAGAGCGAAUUCAUCAUUCGUGUUGACCUUACCCCUCUCCAAAAGAAGUAUUACAAGUACAUCCUGACUCGUAACUACGAGGCGCUCAAUGCCAAGGGAGGCAGCCACUCGGUGUCCUUGCUGAACAUCAUGAUGGACCUGAAGAAAUGCUGCAACCACCCCUACCUAUUCCCUGCUGCCUCCCAGGAGGCACCACGCAUGCCUAAUGGAGCAUACGAGGGCACAGCUCUCACAAAGGCAUGCGGCAAGCUGAUCCUGCUGCACAAGAUGCUGCGCCACCUGAAAGAAACUGGCCACCGUGUCCUCAUCUUCUCACAGAUGACCAAGAUGCUGGACAUUAUGGAAGACUUCCUAGAAGCCGAGGGAUACAAGUAUGAACGUAUCGACGGCGGCAUCACUGGCAGCCAGCGACAGGAGGCCAUUGAUCGUUUCAAUGCUCCUGGUGCGCCCCAGUUCUGCUUCCUGCUGUCGACGAGGGCAGGUGGCCUGGGCAUCAACUUAGCUACCGCAGACACUGUCAUCAUUUAUGAUUCCGAUUGGAACCCACAUAACGACAUACAGGCGUUCAGCCGUGCUCACCGUAUAGGCCAGGCCAACAAAGUAAUGAUCUACCGCUUCGUGACGCGUGCCUCAGUGGAGGAACGCAUCACGCAAGUUGCCAAGAAAAAGAUGAUGUUGACUCACCUGGUAGUGCGACCGGGCAUGGGCAGUCGCUCAAACACCAUGUCCAAACAGGAACUGGAUGACAUUCUGCGUUUUGGCACUGAGGAACUCUUCAAGGACGACGAGGGCAAAGAAGACACUAUCCACUAUGACGACAAGGCGGUGGAGGAGCUGCUGGACCGCACCAAGGAAGGGAUCGAGCAGAAGGAGCUGUGGGCCAACGAGUACCUGGGCUCGUUCAAGGUGGCCGCCUACGUCACCAAGGAGGCCGAGCAGGAGGAGCCCGAGACCGAGGUGCUCAAGCAGGAGGCCGAGUCGGCCGACCCCGCAUACUGGGAGAAGCUGCUCCGUCACCACUACGAGCAGCAGCAGGAGGACAUGGCGCGCUCCCUUGGCAAGGGCAAGCGCGUCCGCAAGCAGGUCAACUACACGGACGCCAUGGGCGCCCAGGACGAUGCCACCUGGCAGGACAACCUGUCUGACUACAACUCGGACUUCUCUGUGCCCUCCGAUGACAAAGAAGACGAUGACGACUUCGAGGAAAAGAAUGACGGCGGCGCGGGAGAGAAGUCGCGCAACCGCAAGAGCCGGGGCGGGAGUGAGAAGGACAGGCCUCUACCCCCGUUGCUGGCUCGUGUCGGAGGGAAUAUUGAGGUCCUUGGGUUCAAUGCUCGACAGAGGAAGGCAUUCUUGAACGCUAUUAUGAGAUAUGGCAUGCCUCCCCAGGAUGCUUUUAACUCUCAAUGGCUGGUAAGAGACCUGCGUGGCAAGUCCGAGAAGAACUUCAAGGCGUACGUGUCGUUGUUCAUGCGGCACUUGUGUGAACCUGGUGUUGACAACGCAGAGACAUUUGCUGACGGCGUCCCUCGGGAAGGGUUGAGCAGGCAGCACGUGCUGACGCGGAUCGGGGUCAUGAGCCUCAUCCGCAAAAAGGUGCAAGAGUUUGAGCACAUCAAUGGUAGCUACAGCAUCUUGCCCGAGGAACUUGGCUUGGAUAAAAAGAACGCUGAGGCAACGGCUGACGGAGCGGCCUCUUCUGAGGACAAGGACAAGAAGCCAUCUGUGGAUGAGAACAAGGACAAGGAUGCAGCACCCAAGGACAAGGAAGGCUCUGAGGCUUCAACACCCACAACGUCAACAGAGGAUGGGGACAAGGCCAAGGAAGCAGCAAGCAAGGAGCCGUCGUCCUCUGCGAGCGACACAAAAAUGGAGUCCGAGGGUUUGGGGUCAUCAGAGUCAAAGUCGCAGGAAGGCAAAGCUGAAAGCGAGACCAAGAAGGAUGAAGAGGCAGCAGCAUCAACAGCGACCAAGGACAAUAAGGAAGUCGUGGUGAAGAAGGAACCAAUGGAAGAGACUGUGCCAGAGGCCAAGGCUGCCGCCGCCACCACAUCCAAAGCAGAAGAAGGGGAGAGUGGGAAGCAGGCUUCCAAGUCGGCCGAGGACGAAAAGAAGCCCGCUGCCGCUGCAGCCGACGAGAAGAAGUCUGCGGACGGCAGCGGCAAUGGCGAGCGCAGCGGUGCCGCAACGCCCGCGCCAAGCACGGCAGCGACACCGAAGCCCAUCGUGCCGCUGAGCAAGCGCAAGUUCAUGUUCAACAUCGCCGAUGGCGGCUUCACGGAGCUGCACACCCUGUGGCAGAACGAGGAACGGGCGGCCGUGCCGGGCCGCGAGUACGAGAUCUGGCACCGGCGGCAUGACUACUGGCUGCUGGCGGGCAUUGUGAAGCACGGCUAUGGCCGCUGGCAGGACAUCCAGAACGACGUGGCCUUCAGCAUCAUCAACGAGCCCUUCAAGAUGGACGUGGGCAAGGGAAACUUUCUCGAGAUUAAGAACAAGUUCCUGGCCAGGAGGUUCAAGCUGCUGGAGCAGGCCCUGGUGAUUGAGGAGCAGCUGCGCCGUGCGGCCUACCUCAACCUCACGCAGGACCCAAACCAUCCGGCCAUGGCGCUCAACACCAGGUUUGCGGAGCUCGAGUGCCUUGCGGAAUCGCACCAGCACUUGUCGAAAGAGUCCCUUGCAGGGAACAAGCCGGCAAAUGCUGUCCUCCAUAAGGUGCUGAACCAGCUGGAGGAGCUGCUGAGCGACAUGAAGUCGGAUGUGAGCCGGCUGCCUGCCACGCUGGCCCGCAUACCGCCAGUAGCCCAGCGGCUGCAGAUGUCCGAGCGGGGCAUCUUGUCGCGGUUGGCGGGCCAGCCAUCGGGGCAGGCAACACCCCUGGCGGCAGCCAUGGGACCCCACGCUGCCGUGAUGCCCUCACAGGCCGCCGUCGCUGCCGCUGCAGCGGCCGCCGCCGGCGCACCCCCUCCACCGCCGGGAUCUGCCGGACCCUCCUCCGCCGCUGCCGCGGCUGCGGCCGCCGCAGCGGCGGCCGCCGCCGCUUUCUCGAGCCAGUCGGCCCUCGCCCAGGCCUCAGGCAUCAGAUACAUGUUGGAGGGAGUGCAGCAGGAGAGGUGUGAUGACUCCAACAGAAUCUCUUCACUGCUGCGAGGAUUUCCUAGUGGGGCAGCUGCAUCGUUGAUGGCAGGCAAUUUCCCACACCCGUUCAGGGGUCAGUACUAGUCGUAUGCACGGCUAAUCGAGAAUAGAAGUGAGCAACAAGUGAGAGAGGACCUUGUACAGUUUGGACAACAAGAAUCAAACAAGUCUCCUUUGAUGACUGACAGAUUCUCAGCUUUCCAGCAUUCGGAACCCAAACAUUCUUCAUUGCCCCCCCCCCACCUCAUGUUUUCCCACUCAGGCACCCCCUUCCCAUUUUGCAAGAUUUUUCUCUUCUCUCGCACAAUGAAAUGGAAAGAAAAAAGGAGAAGCAUCUGUAACAGCGUUACAAUGCUUUGUUUAUCAUUUCGGGAAGGUGGUUUGAACCAGAGUGUGUGUCAUUGUGGCGUAUCCGCUGUCUUAGAGGAAACAAUCUUUACUGCUGCUUUCGGUCCUGUUGGUUGCUUUUCUUCCAUUUUUUUAUAAAAAUAUGCCGUGGUGUGGGGUGUGCGGGGUCGGGGGAGGGAGUUAUCGCGACAUAGGCACAUCUGUAAACUGCAGCUGUGUCAAAGAUCGACGAGGAGUAUUUUUAUAUC